UUUUCAAUUGAGAGCAUACCUUUCACUAUUCAGAUUCAGCCCAAUUACCCCUUUAGAUCCAAUUCUCCAUAAAAUUUUCUCGCACUUUCCCACAGAUUUCUCCCUUUUUCUCUUCAACUCCGGCAAUGGCCACGAUCCCUCUCUUCUCCUCCUUCCGAUACUCCGACAGCCUCACGGUGGUCGGAAUCUCCGUCUGCACCGCCGUCGUUUGCGAGGCCAUCUCCUGGCUUCUCAUCUACCGCACCAACUCCUACAAGACCCUCCGCUCCUCCAUCGACAAAGCCGCUAAGAAGCUCGAGACCAUGAAGACCGACAGCUCCAAAAUCUCCGUGAAAAAGUCCAAAACCAAGAAGAUCGAUCGCGUCGAGACCAGUCUCAAGGAAUCGAAUCGCGACCUCUCGCUCUUCAAGUUCAAGUCCGGCGCCGUCGUCGCCCUUGUUCUGUUCGUCGUCUUUGGAUUGCUCAAUUCGCUCUUCGAGGGCAAGGUCGUGGCCAAAUUGCCGUUUAAGCCUUUUGGGCUUGUGAUGAAGAUGAGUCACCGAGGGUUGCAGGGAGACGAUCCCACCGAUUGCGCUAUGGCUUUCUUGUACUUCCUCUGUUCGAUUAGCAUUAGGACCAAUCUCCAGAAGUUUUUGGGAUUCUCGCCGCCGAGGGGCGCCGGCGCCGGCUUAUUUCCGAUGCCAGAUCCCAAGACAAACUGAUUUAGGUUAGGCUUGGACCAAUUCAUGCCCCUUUCCCCGCUUUGAUUAUGAAUUUUUCGUCAUGAUAAAACUUGAUUUGGGCUGAUUAGUCUUAAUUUAUUAGGGUUCUAUAUGUUAAGUUCUAGUGAGUUUAUCGGACUUAGUAUAGCUCUUAAUUCCACAAAUUUGAGAGAGUGAUUCUGGUUCUAAAUUUCUAAUCUCCACUUGCAUUCUUCAGUCGAAAUGGAAAUAACACCAUCUUUUUUCAUAUCAA